AUGCACUACAUCCCAGCCCUUCUCGUGGCCUUCGCGGCCUUUGUAGCCACCAGCUACGCAGCGGCCGUCAACCCCAGAUCGCCUGACGGCGCCGACGGCACUUCCACCAAGUGUGUACGCAAGCCAGUACAGACAUGCCUCUCGCCCGAGGUCCUCCAGACGGCCAGCUUCAGCACGGGACAAGAGGAGGGCACCGAGGGCCUCAAGGCCGGACAGUCGCCCUCGGACACUGACCAGGCCAACUUCAUCAACUUCUGCGCCGGCCGGCCCCUCACCAACGGCCGCCAGACCUCGACCUCGUCCUGCAACAGCAUCGUCAUGGGCAACAUCCCCGCCCGGGCCAACAUGAUCUCCUCCAUCAUCACGUCCCCCCAGCCGGGCGCCAGGGUCCCGCGCGACCGGUCCUUCAACGUGACCAUCCAGACGUCGCACCUGCGCGCCGGCUUCCUCGUCAACCCCACCGUCGCCUACUACACGGCGCCCCAGCAGCUCGACGACGCCGGCGAUGUCAUCGGCCACUGCCACAUCACGGUGCAGGACCUCGGCGGGAAGCCCGGCGCGGCGGAGCCGACCUCGCCGCCCGACCCGACCGCGUUUGCCUACUUCAAGGGCGUCGACGACCAGGGGGACGGCAAGGGCGGGCUGCGCGCCGAGGUCUCGGGCGGCCUGGCGCCGGGCUACUACCGCGUGUGCUCCAUGAUCGCGGCGCGGAACCACCAGCCCGUGGUGAUGCCGGUCGCGCAGCGCGGGGCGCAGGAUGACUGUGUGCGGUUCGAGGUCGUGUGA